AUGCCGACGAAAAGAAAGAGAUCAUUGGUAACAGUAAAUAUACCCGAUGAUGUGGUAGUGGAAGAGAUUCUGGAGAAACUUCCGGUGAAAUCAGUAUUGAGAUUCAGAGCAGUGUCGAAACUAUGGAGAAGGGAAAUCGAAUCGAGGCGUUUUCAGGAGAGACAUCUGAAGCAUCAGGAGAAAUCUCGAGAGCCGAGUAUCCUCGUAGUCAAACCUCGGAUUUACGACAGCGGAAAGGCUGGUCUUACAACAUUGAGCUUGGGAGCAACCUCAGUUUCGUUGGACAACCAUAUUCAUUACCCUGCGGUACUUAGUCCAAUGCAAGUAGGCCGGUUUGAGUUUGUUAGAAUUACACGUAGCUGCGACGGUCUGGUUUGCCUAUAUUCAGAAAACUACUUCAUGCUUUCAGAAAACACCUGCAUGUAUGUGAUCAAUCCCGCCACUAGAUGGUACCGUCAACUCCCCGAGGCUAGAUUUCAAGCACUUGCUCCCGAUAGGGAUCCCAUGAUCCGCUUCUCGUACCCAUUACUUGGAUUCGGCAAAGACGAUAUCACAGGGAUACACAAGCUGGUUUGGUUGUAUAACUCCGAUUGCUUAAGCCUAGACGGCCAAACUAACACAUGCGAGGUUUUCUCUUUGGACACCAACAACAACAUGACUUGGAGGCAUGACGUGAUUGCUUCUUGUCCUCAUCCCAUACUACAUGGGAAAGCCCCAGCGCACGCACAUGGAUCCCUCCAUUGGAAGUACAAGUCUUAUCCUUGCAUCUUCACACUGAAACUUUUACGGUAA